AUGGUUGAUGCAGUCACUAAGGAAAGAGAACGACUGAAUUUUCCUCGGGUUAUGGUGGAAGUGUUCAUGAAUCAAGAUUUUCCUAGCCUACUGGAUUUCGAAGAUGAGUUUGGCAGCAAUGUUCAUGUAGGUGUCAAGUAUGAAUGGAAACCGGUUAUUUGCAAGCAUUGUUCUGGGAUGGGGCACUUAACAGAUGAAUGCAACAAGAAACAGAGUGCUAAGCAAGAGUGGGUGGUUAAGGAAGAUGAAGGAAAGAGCAACCACCUGUGGAUGAGGAGGGUUUUCAAAUGGUUUCUAAGGGUAAAAAAAAUUGUAGAAACAAGAGGAGAAGACAAUGGGACAAAGCUCACCAAUGUUUUUCAAAUUCUAGCCGAGAGAGACCAACUGGGUAUUCAGGAACAAGAAGCAGAGGGAGUUGAUAACACAAGAGGGGGGGGGGAGAUCCCUCUCUUGGUAAUGGAUAAAUUCAUUGUUUGGAACAUUCGGGGGGCCAACAAACAGCAAAAACAACAAGCUAUUAGGCAGUUUAUUCGAGUACAGGGGGCUGAUUUUGUUGGGCUUCUCGAAACUAGGGUAAAGGCUCACAAACUAGGAGCCUUGUACCUAAACGUUUUCAAUGGAUGGUGUUUCUCCUCGAAUAUAGCACGAGACAAAGGUGGGAGAAUUGUUAUAGCAUGGAACCUGAUCCGUUUUAUUGUUGAUAUUAUCAAGUGCACAAGUCAACUAAUGCACUUGAGAAUCUCAACAAUAGAUGGAACAUACAACAGUUUUUUGACAAUAGUAUACGGGUUUAAUGAUAGGCAGGGGAGAUUGGAAUUAUGGAGAGAUCUGAAUGGUCUUAAAACAAAAGAAUCUUGGAUAGUCAUGGGUGAUUUUAAUGCAAUUACAACCAAGGAAGAAAGAGUGGGGCACCGAGUGAAAUACCAAGCUGAAAUGGAAUUCAUAAGCAGUAUACAACAUUGCCAGCUUGAGGAUGUAAAGUCUACUGGUAGUUUUUAUACAUGGACAAAUAAGCAGCAGGGUCAUGAUAGAAUAUAUUCAAAGAUUGACAGAGUAUUAGCCAACCAACAAUGGUGUGAUAACUAUCCUAGUGCAGAAGCGUUAUUUCUCAACGAAGGAACUUUUGAUCAUACACCAUGCAUCUCAUCACUAUAUCCCAAAUGGAAAUGUGGCAAAAAGCCGUUUAAGUACUUCAGAAUGUGGAAAUCUCAUCCUGAGUAUGACAAGCGGGUUGAAAUGACAUGGAGGAAAGUGAUUCAUGGUACUUUAAUGUAUCAGGUCGUGUCUAAACUAAAGGCACUGAAACCGGUUCUAAAAGAGAUCAAUCAGUUGGGUUUCUCUGAUUUACAUGCCACAUCGAUACAAACUAAGAAAGCACUGGAUGAAGUUCAAUCCAAGCUACAAGAGGAUCCCCUAAACACAACACUACAUGAUUAG